AAUCAUAACCUAGAAAUUUCAAAUUCUAGACCACCAUGGAUUUGGCAGCUAUGUAUACAAAUAAUCAAUUUUUCUAUUUUGGCAUGACAGUUCUGGUUAUAAUUGCUCUACCAUGCUUACUGAUUCUAAUUUUUGUUGUCUGCUAUAUUUUUGGCCUCACAACUGGGGCAAUAAUUCGGAUAUUUCUGAAGCCAUCCAAGCAAUCAAACGAUACUGGCACGGAAGAUCAGCAGAAGUUGAUGAAUUACUAUAAUUCCGAAGCUGAAGAAAAUUCCGAGUAUGGAACUCUGUCACCUGGAAAGGGGUUGCAUAACAGAUCUCCAUCCACUGAAUCAAAUCUAUCAUUAAUCAGGUCGAAUGAAGAUCUGCAAAAACAUCUCGAAAAAUCAAUUCACAAGUUGAGCAAAGAGUCGAUUACAAAAUAUCAUCGACCCAGAAAAUCUAAUGAUGAAGUACCAUUGGUUAGCAAUGAGCACCAGAAGGACAAACCGCAUCAGUCAUCUCAGAGAGCCGGAUUUUUAAAAACUAAAUUUUCCGAAUCUUCACAGACAUUUGAUGGUGAAAAUGAUAAUCAGGAACGUCGUUCAUCGAAACAAUCUAAGUCGACCAGUGAUACGUCUGUGAAAAGCUUAUUAUCACCUUAUGAGCACUUUGCUGAAUAUUAUCACACCUAUUCAGCAGCUCAAAACGCAGCUUUAAGUAUCCUGUUGUCUACCAAGGAAUCAGAUUGGAUCCCCAUAAAGGAACCUGGUCCAGAUAUUAUCGAAUACAUUGAAACUAAUAAAAAGAAAACCUAUCUUCUCAAGGCUAUAGUGGACGCAAGACCUGAUGUAAUCUCUCGCAUAGUCUUCGAUCUAAUAGAUGAAGUGCAUCUUUGGAGUCCCAAGCUAACCAUGCAUUGUACCAUGCUCAAGAUAGUAAACUUGAACACCCACAUCGUGCACUCCAUCAUCACUCCGGGCAAAGUGAUGAAGCCGAGAGAUUUCGUGCUUCUGAACCACAGAGCCAACAUGGUGGUGCUUGGGAGAGACUCCAUUGUCAUCUCGACCACCUCCGUUGACUUUGACUGUCCCCACCUACAGUCACAGCAUCGUGGUACCUUAGUCAGAGGCACAAACGGCCCGUCAUGUAUGGUAAUAACCGAAUUGCCACAUGACAGCGAAAAAAGCGAAAUUAAGUGGAUCCUGAACGGUGACCUUGGUGGAUGGGAGCCCAAGAAGAUUGUAGAUCUAGCGCUACAGGCGUUCCUUCUAAGAUAUAUGGCUGCGUUAAGGGAGCGAAUCGUACAUCUUGAGGGCAAUGUAUAAAUCCGCUCAAAAAUGUCAAUAAAUUUCGUUUGUUUCAAUAAAAUGAAUAUGUGAAA